AUGGGAAGAAACCUCAGCUGUAUACCACCCAGUAUUCCUUCCUCCAUUCAAACUCUGGAUUUCAGUUUUAAUGUUCUGAAACACUUGCAGAAGACUGUUUUCCCAGUUUUGUCUUUUCUACGAGUCCUUGAUCUGUCAAGAUGCCAAAUCGAGCACAUUGAAAAUAAUACUUUCUACAAUGUGAAGAAUUUGACUACUUUGAUUCUCACUGGAAACCCUAUUACAUACUUUGGACCUGGAUGCUUGAAUUCUUUACAUAAUCUACAAAGACUAGUUCUUGUGGAUGCUGGUCUCUCAUCCUUACAGCUUCAAAUGAAUAACCUAACCAAGCUGCGGGAGCUUAGAAUCGGGACAAAUAACAUCCAGUCUAUGUCUCUCCCUUCAUUCAUGAGCACCUUCAAGGACUUCAGUUUACUUGAUCUACAUGCCAAUAAUAUAUCCAUCAUCAAAACUGAUCACACUGCUGUGUUGCGAGAGAUCGACUUUGACACUGACAGCUGUGUGCACAAGAAAAGACUCACAAUGGUUUUAUCGGUAUGUUUUGUUACAGUAGUAGUUCUUUUAUCACUCUUGGUUUAUAGGUUCCAGUUUUAUCUUCAGUAUUGCUGUAUUUUACUGAGAGGCUACAGAUCACCUGGACAACAAGAAUGUUCCUAUGAUGCAUUUGUGAUUUUCUCCAGCUAUGAUGAAGUCUGGGUCAUGAAUGAACUGAUGGAGAAUCUGGAGAAUGGUGUUCCACCUAUUCAGCUUUGCCUGCAUAUGCGGGACUUUCAAGCAGGGAAGUCCAUCGCCUCCAACAUUAUCGAUGAAGGAAUAAUGGGCAGUCGUAAAAUCAUUGUGGUCGUGUCUCAACACUUCAUUGAUAGUGCCUGGUGUCGAUUUGAGUUUGAAUUAGCUCAGUCUCGCUUUAUGAUGGAGCGCAAUGCCAACAUCAUCAUCAUCAUUCUGGAAGAUGUGGAAGAGAGGAAGUCUAAGAAAGUGUUUGGACUUCAUAAGCAUCUGAAAAAGAACACAUACCUAAAAUGGAGCAGAGACCCUUUGAGUAACAUGAGAUUCUGGAUACGCCUCAGGAAAGCUAUUAUUGCCACAAACCACUAAUUUUACAUAUAUUGCAUAUAUGUUUUAAAUAAAUAAACU